AUGCACAUCGUCCUCGACUUUGACGGCACCAUUACCGUCCACGACACCAUCGACCACCUUGCAGCAUUUGCCGUCGAGUUCCAGGAGCAGCAGUCCCGGAAGACGACCAGCGGUGAGCCCGGCUGGGACGCCCGCUGGAAAGACAUUGUCGACAAGUACCUGGCCGACCACCGCGACCACAAGGCGGCUUAUGCCCUGCCCGAGGACGCGCGCACGACGCUCGAGCACGAGCUCGCCUUCCAGAGGAGCUUGCACAGCGUCGACUGCCGGUCCAUCCGGCGGCUGCGCGAAGCGGGGCUGUUUGCCGGCAUGGCACCGGCACAGGAGCGGCUCUUUGCUGCGGGCCAAAAGGCGGUUGGGGCCAACGGCAACGAAGACAAAGACGACAGGCGCGUCCGCGUACGGCGGGGCUUCUCCGAGUUCCUGCGCGAGACGGCCACACGGCGUCAGUGGCCCGUGUCGAUUGUGUCGGUCAACUGGUCAGACGCAUGGAUCCAAGGUGUUUUGAGUGGAGGGAUCCGAGGGACAGCGGGCGGCGAGUUUGGAAAAAGCGGCAUUCGCGUGUUUGCCAACAAGGUGACCGCAUCCGGGGCCAUCAUCCCCAACUUCCGGCGAAAAGAUGCGCCCACAGCCGUCGGCCAAGUCCACGAGCACGACGACAAUGUGCCGUUUGCGUCGUGCUCGGACAAGGUGGAGGCUCUAGAGGCGGCUGUGGCCGAAGCAACGGCCGACUCGGACGACGCCGUCGUGUACAUGGGCGACUCGACCACAGACCUCGAGUGCCUGGUCCACGCGGGCAGCCAAGGCACGGGCGGCGGUCGUGGUGGCGGCAUUGCCAUGGCCAACGGCGACGGGCCGGCGACGAGCAAGCUGAUCCAGACGCUGGUCCGGCUGGGCUACGAGGUGCCGCAUGUUUCGGAGUCAAAACCGUUUCAAAGACCACGGGGCGAGGAGGAAGGCGAUGCACCGAGGUUGGCCUGGGCACGAGACUACGAGGAGAUCCUGGCCUCCAAGAUUUUGGAUUAG